CCCCACAGGGAGCACGGACAACCAGCCCAGGAGCUGAAGGCUCCGCUGGUGGCUGAGGAAAUGCCCGGCAGAGGGCCGGCCCGGUGCGGGACAGCGGCCGCCUCCGGCCACACCUGUGAGGCGGCGACGGCCGAGGGAGCGGCGAGCGGCGGCUCGGGACGGCACCGGGACGGCACCAUGACGGUGGGACCGCGGCUGGGGGCCAAAGCGCGGAGCCGCUUCUCGCGGCGGGGACCCGGCGACGACCAGGUGUGCAUCCUGCACGGGGAGGACGAGGAGCCGGCGGCCGGAGCCCCGCGGCCGGAGCAGGAGAGCGAGGAGGGAGCGGGCGGCAGGAAGGUGCGCUUCGCCAUCCUGCCCGACUCCUACCAGCCCCUGCGGCCGCCGCCCCCCGCCGGCAAGCGGCCCUACGGCAAGAGGCUGAAGAAGUACGGCAAGAACGUCGGCAAAGCCCUGCAGAAAGGAUGCCGCUACUUGGUGGUCGGCUUGCAAGGACUGGCAGCAGCCUACACCGCUCCCUUUGGGGUGGCAGCACAGAUGGCAUCGCUCGUCCGCUAGAGCACGGGGUGAGCGUGAGCCUUUCCCAGAAGACUGCAGCGAUCUCGGCUCUCUUAUCAUUAAAUCAUCAUCCAAGACUGCGUCUGAGAAACCUCUUGGACACGGACAGCCCCAACCCCAUGCAGCACCCAAGCACUGUAUUCUCUUCUGCAAAAUACUCUGGCGCCUUCCAACCUUUCAAAUCAGACUGGGUCAGAGGAACGCAAGGACGAGGAAGUGAUGGUGGAUUAACAGAGCUGAAGUUUGGAGUCAGGCACGCGUUGGUUUUCUAAAGCUACGUCUGGAGGGGAGCCAUGGACAGAUGGGAAAGCAGGUAGAUGAGGGAGAGAGGUGAAGAGAAGUAGAGGGUGAAGGUGGUGGAUGGGAGGUGGAGGUGACUGGAGUCAGAUGGGAAGGAAAUAGUCAAAGUUGUUGGAGGAAAUGGGUAACGAGAGAUGGGACAAGGCAGCCUUUGGUGUCCUACGUCCUUUUUUUCUUUCUGAGAUGGUUAAAGUUAGGAAUUAUCUUAAACUUGUGCAUAUGAAUUGACCGGGGAGACACGAUGGGCUGUGCUGCAUCACUGUUGUUCAUCUCAAACACUGCAAAUCACGAGCCCUUUGGUCUUAGUGCUAGUUAAAAACCCAGGAAGGAAAUGAGGUGCUUGUCUUCUGAUCUGGGGGCAUUAAAUGUUCGCUGCAAUUAAAAUGCUAAAGCUUUCCUCUACUGCUGUAAAACGCACCUGCUGGUUUUUAGACACAGUUUUUAUCUGGCAUAUCUGGCUGCAGAAGCUGGAGCUACAACUCUAACUUGCUGGUUCCACCCCCAUUCCCGCGUGUUGAAGCUGCAGCUCAGCAGUGUCAGUGCUGGAUGGCUCAGCUCAGUAGUGCGGAUGGAGCCGCUUCCGUGUCACACCUCGAGGGCCAUCAAUCUCCUGUUGAUGGCACAGGAACAGCUGCUCUUAUGGGCCUUCAAAACUCUGUGAAUUGAUUUGGCUUUUUUUUUCCCCCUCAGUCUUUCAUGGUAACAGUAAAUGAUUUCCCCGCCAGCACUUUCUCUGUACUGUAGAUCUUCCUAGUUUUGAUAGUGUUUUUGUUAUCAAGGAACUGGCGUGUUCUGGAAACAAAUGCUGUCCAUUUGUGCUCUUUGCCUCUUCUGAACGGAGGGGCAGCACACAUCCAAUAGCACACCACUGUAUUUCUUCUGAAUGUAGCGAAUGGAACAAAGAUGGGUUUUAUUUCAUGCUCUUUUCUGUCCGAACAGUAAAUAAAAGUAUGUGAUCCAUGUGCUGGGA